GCUAAUAGCGAUAGUGUCCUCGCCAGAAGUUUCAUCCUUCCAAUCGAUAGCUAGCACACUAGACAUAUGUAUCGAUAGGCCAAAACAAAUACAAACAAUACAGACGAGCCAAGAAUUUUUGCUCUUCGCCCCAACUCAUAAAAAUCCGAAAAGCAAAUCAAGAUAAAUACGCUCAGCGACCGCAGGGUCACACCAAUAACGGGUGGUCAGAGUGACCAAAGUGGGCAGGAAAAGAAGCAAAAAUAAACAAACAAUACAGACAGGAAAAUAAGCAGCGCGUGCCUGUGAAGAGUUUUUUCGCCGUAGGCCCAAACACUGAAACCAGGAACACAGACGCACUGCAUCACAGGCAACGGGGCACACAAUCCGAUUGCGACCAAGCUAUGGCUGCGGCCACCAACAACGAUUCCUCCGGCGUGGAGUCGGCCAAGGAGGAGGUGGAGAUGUCGAUGCCGCCAUCGCCCAUGUCGAUGGCCAUGGUACUGGCCAAGUCGACACCGAUGCCCAUGCCCACCAGCGCCUCUAAGGGGAUCAUGAUAACGCCGCCGCCGCCGGCAAUGCCGCCCACGCCCACAUCGUCGCCCAACACGCACGGCGAGUGGCCCCACAUGAACAUCAACCUCAACCUGAACAUGAGUUCAAACCCCAGCACGAAUGCAUCAUUCCAGCUGAGCAGAGAUCGGGGCGAGCACUUUGCCCUGCCGCAUCUGCCGCCCCUGCCGCUGAAUCCAAAUGCCUCCAAUGCCGAGUAUCUGCCCAGCCUGAUUCAUCCAAGCACCCUGCCCUCGGGCAGCAAAAGCUUUAAGAUGCGGCCGCGAAUGCAGCGUCUAAAGCACACCUACAGCUACAGCAACAUAAUCGUCCAGUCAAAUGGCCGCAAACUGCGCACCGCCGCCUCCACCUGCAACAUCGAGCUGCUCAACCGCAUCCUUGAGGGUGGGGCCAAUCCAAAUGCCGCCGACGAGUACAAUCGUAGUCCCCUGCAUCUGGCCGCCUGUCGUGGCUACAUACCCAUUGUCCAGCAGCUACUAAAGUACGGAGCCAACCCAAAUGUAGUCGACUCGCUGGGGAAUACCCCACUCCAUCUGGCUGUGAUCUCGGCCAGCUCCAAUAACUUCAACGUUGUGGUGGGUGUGCUGCUCCAGGGCGGCGCCAGUGUCCACAUGUACGACCGCAGCAACAAGUCACCGCUGGAGCUCGCCGAGGCCAAGCUAAGACUGCUGCGCAAUCGUUACGAUCACCCCACGCCGGAGACGGCCAAGAUCCUCGAGGACAUGUGCAUGCUGACCACGCUCAUCUUGCGCUACAUGGUGAAGCAGCAACGCGAGCUGGAGGAUCUCUCGGCGCUGGAGAAGCGACUGCAGAACCUGAGCACCAGCGACGACCAAGAGCAGGUCGUAUCCCAGACCGCCGAUGAGCUGCUCGCCAGCGUUGAGCGCCUAUCAAUCAACAACAAGUAGAUGGGACGUAAACUGGACGCCAGGGUAACCCGACCGCAGGCUGGCCCAAAUUGCGUUCGAUGAGUUGAGAAAAAAUUUGUUUAUCGUUUCCUAAUUUGGCUGCCGUUGAGCUGGAGUUGGCAUCGUGACAAGCAGCUAGAGGAGAAUGAGAUCCUGCGCCCGAUCCUAAUCCCACAAAGCUGACAAAUGCGACCAACGCUCUCAAACACACAAGCACACACAUACACACCCACACACACAAAAGAAAACACACAUUGUUUUAUGCGAUCUUUUUAUUAAGUAUUUCAUUUAAGGCUUAUUGUUUACGCAAACAAUCAACAAACAUGAUUACAUUUUAAGCUUUACGUUUAGCGCGCCAAAAACAAAAAGAAAUCAAGUUAUGUAAUAAUGAUGCAAUCGCAACUCAAGAGGACACCUAACAAUUUGCUACAUUACAUUUAACUAAAUGACUACAUUACUUGGAAAUCGUUAAGUGUCUAUUGUAUACUAUAACAAAAAAACCAUAUGCGUGUAAACACUCUCUGAACAAUAAACGAAAAACCAAACGGCCAUUUGACUUAAUCCGCAGAUCAAGCCGAAAUCUGUAACUAAAUAA